AUGAAAGCCAGGCUUGAAACAGAAUCAUCAGUUCUGCUAUCUGGUUACUUCGCUCCACUUAAAGAAAUGCCUCACACGUGGAGCUGGGACACAAUGAUAGCUGUCAUAAAUGUUCAUCAGCCAUUAUCAUUAGAAUGCCAUUCACGAGCGAAUCUUAUCUCAACAUCCGGCGAUCCACCUCAUAGGCGGGGUCGGAGAAAAAUCGGGUAUUAUCGGCUCAACAAGGCGGGUUACGGAUGUUCAGCGAGGCCAAUCAAUCUUUGGGAACGGAAAUCACAAAUUAUGGUUAUAUGA